GUACUUCAUCCACAGCUAAAAUCUAAAGCCAGGCAACAGCAAGGUACCGUAAGGAAUGCCAGGCCCCAAAUAAGUAUGUUGUUUUUUUGCCUCUCGUGUAAAUAGACUAUAUUUCACUAAAUGCUACCUGUUGGUGCGAAAUCCCACAUGACUUGCAGCAGCAGAGGGGCUCCAGGGUCAACAAAGUGUUUGGAUACAUUUAAUUUUCACAAAUAUUUCCUUCUGAGGGAAGUUUACUUUUCUUCCAGCUGCCUUCUUCUUAAUGUGGAAAUGAUUUAUUUCCCUUCUGGGGAAAGUAUCAAGCUGUUUUCUUGCUAACAUCUGCAUAAAGUCUAUAGUCAGGAUUUAGCCAACAUUUAUUACUACUACAGCAUUUGGCACUAGCAACUGUAGCACAAGUAAAGUCUGACUAAGAAAUGAAAAUUUUACAAAAUUUUCUUUUUCAAUCUUGUAAAUGAAGAAUCUAACAGUCAACAACAGCAUGGAGUAGUACAGCAUGUGCCAGAGAGAUCCCACCUCCCCACUUACAGUGUGAGGCAUAGUGCUCCUUCACAGCAGGUGCUUUGAGAAAUAACUGGGACAUACGCUCAAAUGCUGCACAGACAAUACCCAUAAGGAUUAAAAUGAUAUGAAUGGAUUAAACAGUAAGUGAAAGAAGUAAUCACUGUUUACACAAAGACAAUCUGUUUGCUUCUCUAUCACAAGAUACUUUGUACUAAGGAAAAAUCUAUCUAUGUAACUAAGAUUUAUGUUCUCUUUGCUGGAUCACACAAUUUCUUUAUGACAUCUUUCCUAUGAAUCAUUUCAUUGACAUCUGUUUAAAUAAAAGACACAAAGGUGGACUUAAAAACAAUUAUAUGGCAGUGGAACUGCUUAGACUUGGGCAGAGCAUUUGGUGACAUGCAGAGACAUUUCUGUUCCUGCUAGUGAGUCUUACUUGUCAUUGACAUCUACACAGAUUUUGAAACUGAGCUACCAGGAGAGGAUCAGUGGCUGCUAGAACCAAAAAGAUGAUUUCAGAGCUUAUGAAUGCAUGCCUAUGAAAAGCCUUGCUCAUGCCACUGACAUUUUGAUGUCUAAAAACUACAGACAAUUAUAUCCAGCUUAUCAUGGAAUCACGAAAUUGUUUGUGUUGGAAGGGAUCAAUAAAGGUCAUCUAGUUCAAAUCUCCUGCAGUGAACAGGGACACCCACAGCUACAUCAGAUUGUUCAGAGCUGCCUCCAGCCUGGCCUUGAAUGUCUCCAGGGAUGGGGCAUCCACUACCUCUCUGAGCAACCUGUUUCCAUGUCUCACCACCUUCACUGUAAAAAAAAAAAAAACAACAGACUUUUUCCUUAUAUCCAGUCUAAAUCUUUCCUUUUUUAGUUCAAAAUUAUUCCCCUUGUCUAUCACCACAGACCCUCAUAAAUAGUCUCUCCCCUUCCUUUUUAUAUCCCCCCGUCACAUAAUGAAAGGCCACUGUCAGGUCUUCCCUUCCCUUCCCCUUCUCAUCUCUGGGGUGAACAGCCCCAGCUCUCUCAGCCUGUUGUUCCAUCAUACAAGAGUUGUUCCAUCCCUUGGAUCAUUUUUGUGGCCCUGCUCUGGGUGCACUCUAACAGGUUCAUGUCUCUCAGGUACUGAGGACUCCACAUCAGGACGCAGUACUCCAUGUGAAGCCUCACCAGUGCAGAGUAGAGGGGCAGGAUCACCUCCCUGACCUGCUUCUUUUGAUGCAGCCUAGAAUGCAGUUGGCUUUCUGAGCUGUGAGGACAAACUACUGGUCCAACUUGCCAUCCAUCAGGACCCCCAGGUCCUUUCUGACAGGAUGCUGUCAGAAGGUUACCUUUACAGAAUUGCCUACCUCUGUGAAGACUCUGAGCUCUGCAACAGCCAAGCAGUGGAGGAAAUGGUGUAUGAAAUGAGGGCCAUUAAUUGUUCCUCCAGGGAUGAAGCACAAGGAAAAAGCCUCCUUCAGAGAUGCAGAUCUGCUGGCAAAUGCAUUUCUUCAAUUCACUCCAGAGGUAGCAAACAUAGCAGAAGGCAGAAAGACAAACUCCAACAGCCCAUGCAGCACUCACUGCCUGAAGGGCAGGCUUCUCCAGCUAUGGAUGUCUGUGAAGGGCUGGCAAGAAGAGACACCUACCUGGUUCCAUCCUCCUGCAAAAGCAUUUGCAAGAACUACAAUGAUUUGCACAUAGCUGGGGACUGCGUGGUGCCUAUUAGCUCAGUGGCAACCGAUUUUACCUGUGACAGUGGCAUAGGCCCCUUCCUGGAGUCCUCAGAGAUUCCUCCACCUAUGGAGUCCAUGCGGGUCCCUCCCAGCGAGACAGGCCGCAAGCAGGCUCAAGGCUUCUCAUCAUGCUGGCGUGUGACAAGCUUGGUGCCGCACCAGCAGCCCCUCUCUGACUCAGCCCUCAACGACUACCUGGAGCAGAAGCUGAUGGAGCUGUACAAGCAGUACAUCAUGGACAGCACAGCCAACAGGGCAUCCCCCACACAGAUCCUGGCCUCAGAGCUCAUCAUGACUAAUGUAGACCAAAUCAGCACACAGAUAUCACGAGAGAGGAAAAUGGAGACCACCAAGGCCAAGGACAUUGUCAUCAGCCGCUUCUUGCAAAUAGCCAGUGAACAAAUAUUCUCAGAAAUUAGCACACCCAGUCUGCAUAUUUCCCAGUAUAGCAACACUAAUGCAUAGUAUUAGAAUGUCUGCAGCUAGAAAGCUCUUACAUUCUGAAAACUCAAUUUUUAGUUUCUUUCUUUUAAGGCAUCUUUCUGCUUCAUAAAAAUUUAUUUUCUGUCUACCAGUUAAACCUUCCAGCACAUAUUAAGUAAAGAUAUCUGUACUGUACAGAUGUCCUUCUACCACGUGCCAGAUGGUAUAUAGUUAAAAAAAAAAAAAAAAAGUAUUCCCAAAGACUUAUUUCAAUGAGCCAUAGAUAUUAAAUAUAUUUUGGUAGAAAAAUGACUAGGAAUGUAUGACACUCUUCCAGGUGUUCUCCUUAUUCCCCCUUACCUGACAUCUCAUUUCAACCUUCCUUCUCUGAAAUCUGCCCUACUACCUGAGGGCCUGCAAGAAGCUAUCACUUACAACACUGAAAGCACGGGGAUUGCACAGCCACAGAAACAGAGAAUUUAGUCUGGCCCACCUCCUGCCCCAAACAGCUUCACUUACGUCACCCCUUCAUGUGUUUUUAUAAAUCAUUUGUUCCUAAUGUUAUCAAAUGAUAGACACUUCAGAGUUUAUUCUAUACUAAUUCUAAUUAUUCUAUUGGUGUCUUCCUAUUAAAACAUUUCUGCAAGCAAAAACUCUUUCCAGACAGACAUCAUCAGUGGGAGCAUGCAUGUGUAGCUGCACUGUAUGAACUGAACUUCUAUGGUGGAUGCUGGUGACCUAUGCCAGACAGAUACCAUAUUGGUCAACAGCCUACAGGCCUGCAUUUGUGGAGUGGCCACAUGGGAUAGUGGUGAUAACAAAAUGAAUUCUACUUCAUCUUCGCCUCUUUUUAGGAGAUUCCAAAUUGAAAAAUAAAGGCUAAGUCAAAGCCUCAGUGAUUAGUGUGAACAAUUCCUUUGACCUUUGGUCAAGGUCAGCUGAACCUAAUAUAUUUCUAAUAGAAAGGUCCUUUUCUGUAAAACUUCAGCUCUUAAGAAGAAGAAAAUAGUAAUUUGCUGCCUCAUGGACAAGGAUGGUUACCUGAUUUGAUAUGUAAACACACUGGCAAUGCCAAUCCAUGAUUGGCUGAAUUUCCAAAUGUAAGUAUAAUGUAAAUACUAAUUUAUAAUAAAUAUUCAUCAGAUGUUUUUAUGUCAGUGAUUCAACUCUGUUGUUUUGUGUCUUUUCCUUUUAAAUGUGAAGCAUGCAUUUAUGUGUAUUUCAAAACAAUGUAGUGUAGUAAAAAUCUCAGUUUAUUUCAUAACUGCUCUCUUCCCAAGGUUACUGGGAUAGCUUCGUAUACUUUCUUGCUUGUACAGUGAAGGGGUAUCUGAAAAGCUGUUACCAUAUGAUCAUUUCAUGUGUGAAUCUGGAGAUCAUAUGUCUGUUGCCAUAGCAGCCUACCCCAAUACUAUUAUUCAGCAAUACAAGAUGGAUAAUUCUUGGUUUACAAUAUUUCUGGAAAUCGAUCAAAUGCAAGUUACAAAUAGGAAAGUGAUAUUUGGAAGGGAAACGUCCAAAGUAAUGUGUAGUUACACAUAUACACCUGACACCUCAGAGGCCAUACUUGAUUCUCAGGCUCAACUUGACUCACUGCAUACAGCACAUACUGUUUGAACAAAGUGGCAUUUUAUCAUCUAUGA